AUGACGGCGGAGGAAGGAGUGCCGGGUGGCGGUGGUUCACUUCCAUCAAAAUUUCGCUGCAGGAAUCGAGGUGCUGAAAACUUGUAUGGUUAUUCUGCGGCGGAGGCUCUUGGUCGGCACCUCCUUGAGCUGAUUGUAGAUCCCAGUGAUACAACGAUCGCGCAAAAUAUUGUUCAUCUAGUCUUUCAGGGUGAGAGCUGGGCAGGACAGUUCCCUAUGAGUACCAAGAGCGGAGAUAGGCUUACAGUUGUGGUGGGAACCAUUGGGCGGUGUGGUAUUCCGGGUCUUGUGGGAACUGUAUAUCAUGUGCCCUGUGGUAUGGAUCAGUAUGUUCUUCUCCUCCUCCCUCUUUUUAUCGAUGUUGCCGUCAAAGUAUUUUCCAAGCAAGAGUAUUCUGACAGUGUGAUACUUUCAUUUAGACAAGAGGUAUCCCUUACGAAAAGACUUCGCCAUCCAAAUGUUAUGCUCUUUAUGGGUGCCAUGUCCUCACCUCGGCGUUUCUGUAUCAUUACAGAGUUCCAACUCCGGGGGAAGUUUGUUUCAGUUACUCCAACGAAGCACAGCAAAACUAGAGUGGGGAUGGAGAGUGAACAUGGCAUUGGAUAUUGCAAGUAGUGGAUCCUCAAAGUUCUGCUUGGUUUAUUCGUUCCUUCCACUGAUGAGAAGCAUUGUCUGAUCUUUCUUAGUCAAUCAGUAGAUGAAGCAUUUGACAAUCUACUGUGGUAUCAUCUGUUGCAACAGUUCAACCCUCCUAUUGUCCAUCGUGAUUACAAGUCUAGAUAGUCGAGAGCUGUUGGCUCAGGCAAAUGCUUCAGGCACAGGAUAAUCGAGAGCUGCUGGCUCAGGCAAGUCGCCAUUUUCCGUCACAAUCAUUCUUUCCUUCCCAGAGUUUUGGUCCAUUUAAUGUCACCGUUGCUGAUGCUAGCUAGAACCUAGAUAUUUAUUUUGUCUGUGUGCGUGAAAUACUCCAGCGGCUCAGAUAUCACCAGGCCAUUAGUAAGUCGGUUAUGGGGCUCGUUCGUCUGAAAAGCGAUAGGCAAGCGAGACCUCCCUCCAGCGAUUGAGACGUGCUAGUGGUAAUGGAUGUUAGACGUACCAAGUCGUAAGGAGGAGAGAAGCGAAUGAGGGAGUUAUGUCGCUAUAAAACGGCUGCAUUUCAACUUACAAGUCACAAGUUGGAAUUCUGACGGGAUGUUCCAACCUUGUGAGCCAUGGGUGGGUCGGAUUUGAACCGAAUCGUACUUUCAUUACUUAUGGAACUUUGCUAAUGUGUUUUAGCUUUGGUACACUGAGUGCAGUGACCCCAGCCAGGCGCCCCACUUUCCAAGAACUCCUGGAAAAGCUGAGAGCACGCCAGAGACAGUACACCAUUCAGCUCCAGGCUCCCCAUUCUUCCUCCGCAGCAGCUGGAGAGCAUCACACCACCAUCCUCCAACAAGGAAAGCUAGCCAGUACAAGCCAAAUUCCUGACGAUCCACCCUCACCCCAUACUCCUGAUGUAGAGCCACGUAGUGACAGAACAAUCAACACAGUCAAUGUUGCUGACGGGGGCAGAUGCAGGAGGAGGGUUUUUUCUUAGGGCAGCAGCUGUGAACAGAUUUGAGGCCAAUCCGCCAUUUUUCCAACAACAUCGCGGCUCAGCGCAUAGCUGUUCUACGAUCUCUGCUUCGUUCUCCUUUUCUUCCCUUCAUGGAUACGCCCAGGCCGCCGGCGGAAGAACUACUACGUAAGAUACAGAAGCUGGAAGCCGGACAAGCUGAGCUUCAUAAAGAGAUGAUGAGGCUUUCUAAGCUCUCCUCCGAUCGGAAAUCUGGUGAACAGCACCACCACGACCACCAUUAUCACCGUCUGCCUCCUCGCUCUCGGUCCAUCUCGCCUCAGCGUCGUCAAGGGACUGAACGGAGCUUCGAGACUGGUCCCGACAUGGAGAAGAAGACCUCUCCGCCGCCGGUUAGGCAUUCUUAUCCUUUACGACGAGAUUCUCGCCGUACGAACAGCGGUUCCAGUAAUCGUGGUGGUGGCGGCGGGAGGAGUGCAGGUCCGUCUGCUGUUAAGUUUAGCGAUGAGCAGUACUUGAACAUCUUGCAGUCUAUGGGGCAGGCAGUUCAUGUCUUUGAUCUCUCCGGCAAUCUUAUCUACUGGAAUCGAGGUGCUGAAAACUUGUAUGGUUAUUCUGCCGCGGAGGCUCUUGGUCGAAACCUCAUUGAGCUGCUUGUAGAUCCCAGGGAUACAACGAUCGCGCAAGAUAUUGUUAAUCGCCAACUCCAGGGCGAGAACUGGGCAGGACAGUUCCCAGUGAAGACCAAGAUCGGCGGUAUGAUUACAGUUGUGGCGACAAAUACAUUUUUGUACGAUGACGACGGUGCUUUGAGUGGGCUGUUAUGCGUCUCUACAGAUGCAAGGCCAUUCCACGAAGUGCGGAUUGGUUUCUCUAGUCCCGUUGAUACAGAAGCCGGUUCGAGUUCCUCCAACAUUGGUGGCGAUAGAGCCUGCAGCAGUGUGACUGCUAAGCUUGGACUCGAUCCCAAACUGCCUCUGCAAGAAGCACUCAAAUCAAAGAUAUCUAACUUGGCAACCAAAGUGAGCAACAAGGUGAAGUCUAAGAUUCGAACCGGAGAGAGCAACAACCUCGAUGAUGAUCGCGUAGGUGGUAGUGGAAAUAGUCAUCAUUCUGAUGCAAACACCGCCGAUGCUAGCACGCCUAGGAGGGAAGAUUUUCAGCCAUCUCCUUUCGUUGUCUCGCCUCCUGGCGAUGACAGGGAAGGGAAGCCGGCAAUCCGCAAGAUCAUCACUUCGAAAGCAGAAGCGUGGAUGGGUAAAAAGGGGUUGUCAUGGCCAUGGAAAGGGAACGAGAGGGAAGUUUCCGAGGAAAGAGCUAGCAAAUUCAUUUGGCCUUGGUUGCAGAAUGAUCAAGAGGGCGAAAUGAAUUAUCCCUCUUGUGGGUCGUGGACAUCUUCUGCAAAUGUUAACAGCACGAGCAGUGUUAGCAGUUGUGGUAGCACGAGCAGCAGUACUGAAAAGAAUAGGUUAGAUGUGGAAACUGAUAGCUUGCAUUAUGACAUACUGUGGGAAGACUUGACUAUUGGAGAACAAAUCGGACAAGGGUCUUGUGGGACAGUAUGUCAUGCCCUUUGGUGUGCAUCAGAUGUUGCAGUCAAGGUAUUUGCCAAGCAAGAGUAUUCUGAGGAUGUGAUACUUUCAUUUAGACAAGAGGUAUCCCUUAUGAAAAGACUUCGCCAUCCAAAUGUCCUGCUCUUUAUGGGUGCUGUGACCUCACCUCAGCAUCUUUGUAUUGUUACAGAGUUUCUACCCCGAGGAAGUUUGUUCCAGUUACUCCAACGGAAUGCAACAAAACUAGAGUGGAGACGGAAAGUGCACAUGGCAUUGGAUAUUGCACGGGGUAUGAACUAUCUUCAUCAUUUCGACCCUCCAAUAGUUCACCGUGACUUGAAGUCUUCUAAUCUUCUGGUUGAUAGAAAUUGGACGGUGAAGGUUGGUGAUUUCGGGUUGUCGCGUUUAAAGCAUGAAACAUUUCUAGUAACCAAGUCUGGAAAGGGCACGCCUCAAUGGAUGGCCCCGGAAGUUCUCCGCAAUGAACGUUCCGACGAGAAGUCUGACAUCUACAGCUUCGGAGUAAUACUGUGGGAACUUGCGACGGAGAAGAUUCCUUGGGAUAAUCUCAACUCAACGCAGAUAAUUGGUGCUGUGGGAUUCAUGAGCCAGAGGCUAGAAAUACCAAAACACGUCGAUCCUCGUUGGGCCUCUAUAAUGGAGAGCUGCUGGCUCAGGUACUUCAUUACUUCCCAUCUUGAAUCGUUCUUUCCUUUCUGCAGAAUUCGGUUCCAUCAGAUUACCACCUGGAAAAGAGAUUGUGCGAAACAGUAUUCCAGUUAUAGGAUUGAUCCCAAGUCCCCAACCACGAAUGUUUCAGGUUUUAGGGAUAUUGUUAUCUAUUGACUUGAUUGACGGGGGCUACGGCCCCUCAGUUUAGCCGUUAAAUAGACAACCAGAAAACAAGAGAUUGUUUUUCAUUUCCCAAAAUCUUUCUGAGAUCGAAGUUGAUAUCUUGCGUUUGAUUAUUAAGUAAUAAAGAAUACCUUGUGGAAUCAAUCCUUUGGUGAGGCUAAUCUUUUUAUUGAUUGGGAUUUACUAUGUUAGUAACAAUGGAAGGUAAACGUCCUGAGUGGUAGGGUGGGCAUCAGGUCCGGUCUAGAGUCGACCUUAUAAUAAAUCAAGGAACCAUCAGUUUGAUCAACCCCAGUUCUCCGCUCCUGUAAUCAUGGGAUCGGCUAAGCCGUUAGAAUAUGUUAUUUUUGCUUUAUAAACUGCAGUGACCCAGCCAGCCGCCCGACGUUCCAAGAACUACUGAAAAAGCUGAGGGACAUUCAGAAACAGUAUACCCUUCAGCUCCAGGCUGCCCGUUCUACUGCAGUCGCUUCUGGCGAGCACAUCGCCCUCACCUCCCACAAGGAAAGCUAGCAAAUCCCAUGCAGAGCAGCCGAACGAAACCCCUCUCCAAGUCGCAGAACUUUUCUCUGUGAUAUCGUAGCCUCCGAAGAUGGAUCCACCCCUGAUCUGAUUGCUGGGGAUCAUGUGGGUUUGUAGUGCCACACAGCAACAGAACAAACAAAAGGUUAGUGUUGCUGCGGCUGACGGUCGAGAGCAGGGCAGAAAAGCAGAAGGAUGGAGCAAGUUGAUGGCAGCCAUGUGAGAUUACGAUGGAGGGAGAGUUUUGCACUUUCUGAUGGCGGUCUGAGUUGGUUUGUGUUUUGUAUAUGUUUUACAAAUGGAAAAGGAGAAGGGAAUGGUGGUCUCAUCUCAUGCAACAGAUGUUUUUCUAGGACCACUGACAUUAAUUCCAUUGUGCAGAUUCAAAAGGUAAAACGGCAAAAGAAGGUAACAAAAUAAGUUUCUAGUGGCCGUCUCUGCA